UCAAAUUCUCACUCACAACCAAUAAAGUUGUUUUGCUCCUCCAACCAACCCACGCUCGCAUAAAUACUCGCUGUCCCAAAACCAAAACCUGCCAUAUUGCAUUUUUGGAUCCAAUCUUCUUUCCUCUCUCUCUUAAGCAUUUUGGAUCAAAUUCUUCCUUCCUCUUAACUGAUUGGAUAGAUAAAAUUGAUAAAGAGAAAUGAAGGUGAUAGAGAAGAUCCAAGAUGCAUCAUUGGAUGAGAAGAAGGUAGUUUUCUCGUUUGAAUUCUUCCCUCCAAAGACCGAGGAUGGGGUAGACAACCUCUUUGAGAGGAUGGAUCGCAUGGUUGCCCACAAUCCAACCUUCUGUGAUAUCACCUGGGGUGCUGGUGGCUCCACUGCUGAUCUCACCCUGGACAUUGCCAACAGAAUGCAGAAUAUCAUCUGUGUGGAGAGCAUGAUGCAUCUUACCUGCACAAACAUGCCUGUGGAGAAGAUUGACCAUGCCCUAGAUACAAUUAAAUCCAAUGGCCUCCAGAAUGUCCUUGCUCUCCGAGGUGACCCCCCUCAUGGCCAGGACAAGUUUGUUCAGACCGAGGGCGGGUUCGCUUGUGCUCUUGACCUGGUGAAACAUAUCAGGGGCAAGUAUGGUGACUACUUUGGAAUAACUGUUGCUGGUUACCCAGAGGCACAUCCAGAUGUGAUAGGAAGUAAUGGCGUGGCUUCCCUAGAAGGAUAUCAAAGCGAUCUUGCAUACUUGAAGAGAAAGGUUGAUGCUGGAGCAGAUUUAAUUAUCACUCAAUUAUUCUAUGAUACUGAUAUUUUCCUCAAAUUUGUGAAUGACUGUCGCCAAAUUGGAAUCACUUGUCCCAUUGUUCCCGGAAUUAUGCCCAUCAAUAACUAUAAAGGUUUCCUACGCAUGACUGGUUUUUGCAAAACGAAGAUACCGGCUGAGAUUACUGCUGCAUUGGAGCCUAUCAAGGACAAUGAAGAAGCUGUAAAAGCAUAUGGGAUUCACCUUGGAACAGAAAUGUGCAAGAAGAUUUUGGCGCAUGGAAUUAGAACUUUGCAUCUUUACACUCUGAACAUGGAGAAAUCUGCACUGGCUAUUUUAAUGAAUCUUGGAUUAAUUGAAGAGUCUAAAAUACAAAGGCCGUUACCUUGGAGACGUCCUACAAAUGUUUUUCGAGUUAAAGAAGAUGUUCGUCCAAUAUUCUGGGCUAAUCGCCCAAAGAGUUAUUUAUCAAGGACUAUAGGUUGGGAUCAGUACCCACAUGGUCGAUGGGGAGAUUCUCGUAACCCUUCGUAUGGAGCACUUUCUGAUUAUCAGUUCAUGAGGCCACGUGCUCGUGGGAAGAAAUUGAUUGAAGAAUGGGUGACACCCUUGACUAACAUUGAUGAUGUUUAUGAGAAAUUUAAGAAAUUCUGCCUUGGAAAAUUGAGAAGCAGCCCCUGGUCAGAAUUAGAUGGACUUCAACCAGAGACAAGGAUCAUAAAUGAUCAGUUGGGAAGAAUUAACACAAAGGGUUUCCUUACCAUCAAUAGCCAACCAGCAGUAAAUGGGGAAAGGUCUGAUUCCCCGGUUGUUGGAUGGGGGGGGCCAGGAGGAUAUGUUUACCAGAAGGCCUAUCUAGAGUUUUUCUGCUCCAGGGAGAAGUUGGAUGCUCUUGUUGACAAAUGCAGAGCUCUCCCAUCUCUAACCUAUGUGGCUGUAAACAAAGAAGGGAGUUGGUUAUCCAAUAUCGGUCAAAGUCAAGUGAAUGCUGUAACAUGGGGAGUCUUUCCAGCUCGUGAGAUUAUUCAACCAACUGUUGUGGAUCCUGCCAGCUUCAUGGUGUGGAAGGAUGAGGCUUUUGAAAUCUGGUCCAGGGGAUGGGCUCGUCAUUACCCCGAGGGUGAUGCUUCCAGAAAAUUGCUUCAAGAGAUAGAAAAUGCCUAUUUCUUGGUCAGUUUAGUAGAUAAUGACUAUAUCAAUGGCGAUCUUUUUGCUGUUUUUGCUGACUUCUGAGGUAAGCUGCCUCGGUCUGUUAUUGCACUUGCGAAGUCGGCACAAGUACUCAAAAAUGGUGCUUCUACAGCUAGUUGAAUUAUAAAUUUAUUGUUACUGCGAUGUUAUAAUAACAGAGUGGGAUCAUGACACCUCCAUGUCCUAUUUCAAUCUCCUCUUGGCAACAUCUUCUUAGGAACCAGCACAAAUAGCUAUAUUUCUAUAUAUUGAAUCUUUUGGUUAUUUGUUGUCAUUGUCAUUGUAUUUUUUAUCAUUAAAACUAUUUUAUUGUACUAAUGGCUGUGUUGGAUUGUCCAAUUUGUUA